CAUGUUGGUGUCCUCCGGACCUCUCCCCUCCUCCUCCGGCUCCGCAGCGAAUGGACGGCGGCGGCGGCGGCGGCGCCUCUCACGGGCUCGCCGGGCUCCCGCUCAUGCGCAGUGCGGCGGCCCGCGGAGCGGCCGGGCCGCGGGAGGCGGAGGGCGCGGGCCCCGGGGUGGGCGGCCUGGCCUGCGGGCAUCCGUGGCGCGAACAGCCGGGCGACCCGGCCGCCGGGGCUGAGGCCAUGCGCCGAGCCCCGCACGGCGGGCGACUGCGAGCACGAGCGGGGCGCCGGCCGGCGCGUCGGCACGCGGGGCGGCGGGGCCCUGUCUGCGCCCCCACUCAGGGCGCCCCGAUCACGGCCGCGUCCUGUCCGCCGUGCGCUCCUAAUAGCUCCACGGCGGAGUUCCCGGUGAAUGAAUUAACGGGGAGAACACGGCCUCCGACAUGAGUCCACAGAGCACCGCUGAUGGCCCCUGACUUUUCAGAUUCCUUCUUCAGGCAUCUUCUACCAGAGACACAGAUGGAUCCUGCACUGAAUUCUUAGCGCUGCCCUGUCUUUAUCAAAUGGACAGAAUGUGGGGUAUAAAGCUGCCUUUCUAGGGCUUGGGAGUCUCAAGUACAAGUAAAAAUAUUGUGUCGAUUUGUAAUAAAAUUCACAAAAAUCCUGUUUGAUUCGUUGCCAGUGAACUGUCCUCAAGUCAGGGAGAUCGCCAGGUUUGCACACCUGUAACCCCAGCAUGGGGAGACUGAGGCAGAUGGGUCUCGAGUUCCAGGCCAGCAUGAGCCACACCGUUGAGACCCCAUCUCACAGAACGAAAGAAAGAAAAAAUUCAAGGAAAUAUAAUCAUUCUCACCUUUCACUCUUGAGUGUGUGACGUUCACAGGCCACUACUGCCUGCUGACUAAUGCCACGGUGUAGGCAAAUGGGAAACUUUUAAAUUUUCUCAUAGUGACAUUUAAAGGUUUUUUUGGUUGAUUGCUUGGUUGGCUUUUGUUUUGUUUUGUUUCUUGGUUUUUCCAGAUAAGAUAUCUCUGUGUUGCAGUUCUGGCUGUCCUGGAACUCCUUUGUAGAUCAGUCUGGCCUUGAACUUGCAGAGAUUUGCCUGCCUGUGCCUCCUAGGUGCUAGGAUUAAGAUAUGCACCACCACCACCACCUGGCAACAUUUACAUUUUUUUAAAGACAUCAUCUAUUAUUUAACACCUCAUUUAACCCAAAUACAUAUUCAAUGUGAAGUAUUACUGAGAUGUUUUAUAUUCUGUUUUCUAGGUAGGAUUUGUGUUAGGUGAGUAUACAUGCCUUCAGUGCAUCCUGAUUCAAACAACUGCCUUUUCAGCCCAGUUGCUGUUUGUGGGAGCAGCCCUUACUUUGGGCAGCUCAGGCCUGGGCAGUAGUUGGCCUGAAACAGAUACUGAAACAAUCAUGGGAGGUUAGUAUUCUUUCAAAAUUAUUAUUAUUGAGUUUUUAAAUUUUUAUUUUAUAUGUACGGAUGUUUGCCUUCAAAUAUGUUGGUGUACCAUGUGCAUGUAGUACCCGUAGAGGUUAGCAAUAGGUGCUGAAUCUCCUGGGACUGGAGUUAACAGACGGUUGUUAGCUAUCAAGAGGGUGCUGGGAACUGAACCCAGGUUCUCGGAAGAGCAGCCAGUGCUCUUAAUCACUGAGCCAUCUCUCCAGCCCCAAAGUUCUUAACCUUCAGAAAAUAAGCAGAAAUCAAAGUAAACCUGGAAUAUUUGUGUAUAGCCAAUAGAAAGCACAGAAAUUUAGCACUUGGAAAGUUAAGGUAGUUCAAUUGGAGCAAACUUUGGACAAGAGAGAAAUAAAAUAUAAUCUUAGAAAUAAACAUCUCAGAGCUAGAGGUGUAGCUCAGGUAGUGAAUGCUUGCCUACCAUUGCACAAAGCUCUGGUUCAUUCCCCCAACAACCAUAAACCAGGUAUGGUGGCAUACCUUCUAAUACCAGCACUCAGGUAGAGGCAAAAGAGUCAGAUGUUUAUCAUCGCUGGCUGUAUGCUUAGUCUAGGACAGCCUGGGCUACAGGAAAGUCUGUCUCAAAUGUGUUUGUGUGCAUGAAUCUAUAUGUCGACCUUGAAUAUAUGUUUUUAAUAUGUAUAGCAAUUUAGGAAAACCGCAUAAACUAAACUUAUUUUGAGGUAUUGAGAACUGAACCUCAGGUCUGUGUGUACCAAACAAGCAAGCCCUCUACAUGGAGCUACAUUCCCAGCCCUCUUUUUACAUUUUAAUUUUGAGCGAGCCUCCCUGUUACUGAGUCUGACCUUGAACCCCUAAUUGGCUCCAUCACAGUAGGUAAUAAUUUCAAAGAAAUUUAAGAUGAAUGAGAAGAGUUUUGAGAAAAAAUUUUCUUUGCAAAUAUUAGAAAGCUGAGCAAAUAUAAAUAUCAGAGUCAGGUUAGCCUAAAUGAAUGGGAAUAACAAAAAUAACAAAAUGCUUAUAUUAUAAGGUGAUCAUCUUGAGGACAUGUCUAUACGGAAAGAAGGACUGUUAAUGGAGAAGUCGAAAGGCAAAGUCCGACUGUCUUGAUGUAGUGUGAAAGACUAGGGAGAAGCUCUUAGGACAGCGGAGCAAGGAAAUGAGUGGGCUGAAUUCCUUAUGGGUGAAAUGCGAUGCAGCAGCUUUGAACUGACCUGCAGCGAGGUGAGUAAAGGCUGUGGCCGCAGCUUCCUAGGAUGGCCCCAAACGUGAAUUUUAGAGGAUUUGGUGUUUGGAGGUCGUCUUCGCUUUUGUUUUCUGAACUGCUGUAAAAGAGGUCCCAUGGCUUUUUUGCUAACCUUGACCACAGAUGGGAUGGGUUGGGGUGGGUGUUGAGUGGGGAGGAAAGGAGGCCUGUGGCUGGGCAGGCCUGGUGAGCUCUGGGGUGUGGGGGAUGACAGCACAACCAGCAGGUCAGGCCUAGCUGGAAGGAGCAGCCAGUGGGAGGGGUUGAGAGAGAGAGAUUAUAUUUAUUCUUCAUCCAUAGGACUCAGCUUGCAGAGUAAGACCAUAGCUGUGAAGUAGGAGAAUGCUAUGCUUGUCUAUGCAACUGUGCUGGGCUGCAUACCUGAGUGAAUUUUAUUCCUCACAUCUCAGGCUCUUAGUUUAUUAGCACCAAGCAAGGAGUUAAGUUGGCUGAUUUGGGGUCUGAGAGAGGCCUUGGUUUAUUUCAGGUAGGGGGUGAUCUUCAGAACUAAUAAACAGCUUUGAUAGGUAUAAAGUCAGUGAUUAGAAUUUUCCACAGUGCCUCUGAUAUCUUAAGUUCAGAUCCCUUAGUUUUUUUGGUCUUUUUUACUUUUUUUUUUUUAAACAACUUACAAACUGUUGUAUGGCAUCAGCUUUGCCACUUCUGAACUAAAGUCUGAGGGUUACAAGAAAUAGUCAUGGGUGGAAAACAUGUUCUACUUUAUCACUGUAUGACUGGGCAAAUGCCACCUUCCUUCUUUGAGGCUCAGUUCUCUUGACUGGUAGCAAAAGUUUGUAUUAAAUAAAAACUUAAUUUCCUUCUGUGUCAAAGUUUUGGAAGUAUAGUUGUUUUCAGUACAUACAGAAUACCCGUGUGUCACUACACUUUAGAAUGCUAGAAAUACAAAAUAGAAACCAAUCACACAGUUCUGGCAGGCCUUCCCAAACUACUCCACCAGGAGUUCUGUGUCAAGCCAUAUGGAAUCUGUGAGAGGUAAGGUCUCUGAGAAAACUAUGCAAGUGCUGGGGCAGGGAGUACCCAGCACUCAGAGGGCUAGUUUGGCAACAGGAGAGGCUAGCCUGAGUUACCUGAAUUUGUGUUUAAACCAACUGGUCAUUAUACUGUAGAGAUGAUAAUGGUCUAUUUCCUAACCUCUCUGGGCCCCCAGGAUCUUUAUCUGUAAAGAUAAAGAUCCUCAUACCCUUUUGUGAAGCGUAAAGGAGACAGUACACGUAGCACAAAAUGACAAGGAGUGGCUGCUCAUUCUAGAAGAGGUGACAUGUGAAUUGAGGUUUGAAAAAUGAACAGCAGUGCAUAUCAAACUGAGAUGAUUUUUGUUUUGUUUUCAAAAACUGAAAGUAACUUAAUGAAUUACAUAUGAGAUCAAUUAAUCUGGAAAGAAGCAGUUCCUUUCCAUUGCAUUAUACUUUUAUAGCACUGCACUUCACAAACUAAACGAUAACCCAGAUCAGUCAUGAUCAUAACAAGUGUUGUGAAUACAUGAUGAAAGCAACAUUGACUAGACAGUCUGAUCUCUUGAAACACCAGGUUGACACAUAGAUUCUUCUGACAGCUGAUUGGCUCUUGACAUCUAGAGACACUAAACAGCAGAGUUAUGUUGGUUGUUCAUAAAUAUCUGUGUACCAUUAUUACACAUCUCCCCCAAAUCUCGGGAGAAUGUGAUCUCAAGAUAAGAAACUGUGGUGACAAUGGCCAGUGACAACUCAGGAAGUUUUUUAAACACUCCAUGAUAUGGAAGAAAAGUAGGAGGCAGCACACGCCUCUCCUGUCUAGUCAAUGGAGCUGAUGCUGAGGUACAUAAGUCCUGGCAAAUCAUCUGCCUCUGCUCUUGUCUGCAACAGGACAGUUUAAGACUCUGGACGUGUUGCACCAAUUAGAUGGUGGUCAGACUAGUGACUGAGAUCUUGCUUAUUCCUUAAUGGUAACUUGGGAGUUGGCUGAGACUAGAGUUCAGUCAUACAGGGCACUCUAGCAUGCUAGGUUCAAUCCAAGCACCAGAUGAUGGUGAUGAUGAUGAUAAUGAUGAUGAUAUGAUGGUUUGACUCACAGAAACUGAAACAUUACAAUUUAUAAAUUAUAACAAUGAAAAUUCCACUUACAUGUCUGUGGAAGCAUGCUGCCAUUCUAUGAGCCAAGAUUCUGACUCCAAAAUGAAAAGACAAAUCAUGAAAUAAAACUGAAAACUAACAUUCCUUUUAAAUAUACAUGCAAAAAAUACUUCAAAAGUAUUAGAAGGCUGGGCAUGAUGAUACAUUCUUGAACUCUAGUACUUGGAAGGUUCAGACAGGAGAAUCACAAGUUCCAGACCAGCCAAGGGAUAUAGUAAGAUCCUCUGGGAAAUAGCAAGCAGCUUGGAGGGUAGCUACUGGUGAUAGACAUUUAGGCCUUAAACUGAAUGCCCAGCACUCACAAAAAAUUGGCUUAUUGAACCAAAUACUAUACAAAAAUAUUUACACAGUAUGACCAAGUACCCAGAAAUUCAAUUUGAUUUUAUCAUUGAAAAUCAACUAAAGUCGUGUAUGAUUUUAACAGAAUCAAAGACAAAAACCUCAUAAUCAUGCAGAAAUAGCAUUUAAUAAAAUCCAACACUCAUUCAUGGUAUCUGUAUUGGUCAGAGUUCUCUAGAGGAAUAGAACUGAUGGAAAGAAUAUUUAUAUGGGAAUAUGUUAAAAAGAAAUUUAUUAGGGUGGCUUAUAGGCUAUGGGUUAGCUAGUCUGGCCGUCUCCUUUCUGUCGAAAGGCCAAGGAUCUAGUGGUUGAUGGGUUCAGGAGAUUGGAUGUCUCAGCUCAGUCUGUGUUGAAAUCCUGACAAAGUGUGUUCGAACAGCAACAAAGUAACGCCUUGGCCACAAGAAAGAGGAAUUUGCCAGUAAGAGUGAGGGCCAACAGGCAAAAAGCAAAAGCUUCCUUCUUCCAUGUCUUUCUGUAUAGGCUGCCUGCAGAAGGUGUGGCAGAUUUAGGGUGGGUCUUCUCACCUCAAAUUAUCCAAUCAAGAAAAUUUUUUCAGAAGCAUUUCUAGCUGCUUGUGUUUUGAUUGAAUGCAAAUGAAGUCAAGCUGAAAACCAAACUUGGCCAUCACAAGUCCACCCCUUGUCAGUUUGUCAUACUUCAUUAUGUCAUGCCUAAUUUACAAAUGGAAACAAUAACCAGGUCAUAAUUACAUCUAACAUGAUGUAACUCCCAUGAACACCCACGAAGUAUCCCAUGUAUAUCUGAGAGUAAAUUAUAUAUUUUAGAAUAGGUGGCAAUGUCACUUGAGGGACAUUCUUUGAGUGUCUCAUAACUUAAACAUAACAGCCAUUGAUAUUAUAUGAAUUGUUACAUUACAUUAUAAAGAAACAGGAAAGAAAAAACAAAUAUAUGGUGUGUGUGUGUGUGUGUGUGUGUGUGUGUGUGUGUGUGUGUGUGUGUAAUAUACUUCACCAGGUCUUGGAUCUUAGAAGAGUGACCCAUACCUUCAUUCCUUUAGGGUCUGAGUUCUCUGUCAGCUAACUUGGAUUGCAUUGUUGCAGUUUCCCAUUGACUUUAAUCUCAGGAUAUUGUAACACCAAGGUAGACUCCCUAAUGGACCUCCUUCAUUCUGGACAUAAUCUUACCUUCUUUGUGGAGAAGCAAUCCAGUUUCCCCGUGGUAGUCUGGAUCAAUCACCCCACCUUAACAAUGAUAUUCCCUUUUUAGCCUGUUGGUUUAAGGGCAUCAGAAGCCCAAAGUGACCAGGGGGAAGUCUGAGCUUCCAGUUCAAUGGAAUAUUUAUUGUGUCUCCUGGCAGGAGUGCUCACCCAUCUGGAACUAAACUUCCAGGCCAUCCAAACUUCAGGCCAUAGAAACAAGGAGCAAAAAUUUUCCUAAUGGGUCACUGGAGGUGAUAGUGAGUGGAAUGAUUCCCAUUUCCACCCCUGGAGUACUGGAUCCUGUGAAUCCUGACUAGAAGGGAAACUAUACUGAAUAUUGGAUGUUGAUUCAAAGCAUAUACAUCUUUCUUGAGAACCCUGACACAGCCCUCCCACAUGCAGGCUACUGCCACCUAAACGGUACUGUAACUGUGUCUUCAAAAAGUCAUCCCACUGUUGUAUCAAGCUGUCUGCUUCAGGAUGGUGGGGGACUCUGGCUGUGAAGUGAGUUCCUUGGUCAGAAGCAAUGUUGUGUGAAACACCAUGACGGUGGACAAAAAAAUUCUCCAAGUCCACAGAUGGUGGUUUUGGCAGAAGCAUUACUUGCAGUAAAGGCAAAUCCACAACCAGAAUAAGUAUCUACUCCAAUAAAGACAAAGUGUUGUCCUUUCCACAGAGGAAGUGAUCCAAUGUAGUCAACCUACAACCAGGUUGCUGGCUGGUCACCCCAGAAAUGGUACCAUAUCUAGGGCUCAGUGUUGGUCUCUGGUGUUGGCAGAUCUGGCACUCAGCAGCAGCUGUAGCCAGGUCAGUCUUGGUGAGUGGAAGUCUACGUUGUUGAGUCCAUGCACAGUUCCCAUCUCUGCCACCAUGGCCACUUUGUUCAUGCCCCACUGGGCAAUGACAGGGAUGGCUGGGGAAAGAGGCUGACUGUCCAUAGAAGGGGUCAUCCUAUCCACUUGAUUACUGAACUCAACUGAAGUCACCUUUUGAUGAGCAUUUAAAUGAAACACACUUAUCUUCACAUCCUUUGCCCAUUUAGAGAGAUCUAUGUGCUGCUUUCCCAGAUGUCUUUCUCACAGUUCUCCAUUCAUGCUCUUUCCAAGUCACUGGCCAUCCACCCAGCCAGUCCAUUGACUACAACCCAUGAAUCAGUAAACAAUCGCACAUCUGGCCAUUUCCCCUUCCAAGAGGAAUGUAUGACUGCGUAUACUGCCUGAAGUUCUGCCCACUGUGGAGGUUUCUCUUCACUGGUGUCUUUUAGGGUUGUCCCAGAAAUGGUUUGUAAUAGUGCAGCUGUCCACCUCUGAAUGGUGCCAGCAUAGAAUGCAGAACCAUCAGUAAAGCAGACCCUAGCCUUUUUCCCCUCAGUCAACUGACCAUAGGCCACAUCCCCUGAAGCUAUAGAUGCAUACUUGGGAGCAGAAGGCAUUGUAACAGGAGUAGAACCCAUAGGUGUCGGAACUAGUCCAAGAAUAUAAUUCCUGAGUGCUUUGAGAAAACUCCAAGAAAACAAGAGAGUCUUGUGAUCUCAGUUUCUUUAAAAACACGGAAUUGUUCUUGUAUUAUGCUUUCAAGCCCCUCCAAGGUGUAGCAGAUAGGAGUGAGUUUACUUCAGAUUAUUCAUUACAAUUGGCUAUUGUUAUUUGUUUACAUGCCUCUAUGGAAAGUCAUGUUUUUGAUGCAUGCAGGUUAUCCACACCACAUGCGGCUUGCCCUUGUGAGUGUACAUUUUACUCUUUACCCUUAAAGUAUAAAUCGGUUGAUGUUCUGAAUAAAGUUGGCUAUUGUAUGAGA